AUGAAAGUAGAAAUUAAAUCGAUUAGCACGCUUUUAGCAUUAUUAAUAUUAGUAGGAACAAUACCAGGAAGAGUAAAUGGUGAAGAUUAUUUUGUAAGUGAAAUAAUAAACUGCAUUACUAAGGUGAGCUGCGUGUAGCAGUAUAAAGUUUGUGCAGCUGAUUAAACUUGUAGUACAAUAUUAAAUGCUCAAAGUUAAUGUAGAGUUAAUAGCAAUUGCAACUAAAAUUCUAAAUUAAUUUGGGAUCCGAAUUGCUAUUUAAAAUGUGUUUAAACAAAUAAAAAUGUACCAUAUAACAAUUUAGUAUAAUGCAGCAGCUCUUAGUGUCAUGCUCAAUCAUAACUUUUGAACCCAGUAAUUAUGAUAACAGUGAUAUUAUAUUUUAUAAUUUACUAUAUUUGA